UGAAGAAAAAUUAACCGUAUAUUUUUCUUUUCAACUUCUGCUGUCAAAUCGUUGGCUAAUUCGAGUAGCAGAUUUCAGGUAAUUUCAACAUCAAAUUACUGUUAAUUUCAAGCUAAAGUGGCUAUCAGGGUUAUUGUAAUAACCAUGGGCCAUGAAACCGUUUUGUGACGGUCAAAAGUGAGUAAAAUUACUUGUCAUGUGACGAACUUGACUCUUGACGACAAAAUGUGAGUACACCUUAAAGUACAUUUGCAGUGGUGUGUCAGAGUGGGUCGCUACCAGUCAUACGUUUACUAAAAUCGCCGUCAGGGCAUUCUUGCGGUGCCCAAGUCGGCGACGGUUGGGUUUGUGCUCAUUUACAUUUAGAAAACGAAAAAAUUUUAAGAACACCACAACAACAUCAUUAACCAAUGAAUUUUUCAAUUAAAUAACAUAAAUUAUUCAAUACUUAACAACUUUUAAUCAUUAAAUUGUGAUAUCCACUUAUUUUAUACUCAAAAUAUAAAGUUAUGCCUACAUAGCCGCUGCUGUGUACCGUCAUAAAUUGGAUAAAAAAUUCUGGUUAUUUUAACACUGAGUAUAUUAUAAUAUAAUUUUGAUAUGCUGAUUCUAUUGUAGAGAAGAUAAAAAAUGGCACCAUCGAAAGUGAUAAAUAAUCAAAAUAAACCUGUUACUGUGGGUAUCAAAGUAAAAAAAGGUAUUACUACAAGAAACCAAAAAGCAACAGAUCAGCUCAACAUCAAACCACACAUGCCUGUUAAAGAUUUAAGGGUUAAACGAAAAGCAGAUGCAUCACCUCUCAAAGACAAAAUAACUAAAAGAUCAGCUCUAGGCAAUAUUACUAAUGCUAUUGGGAAAUCAUUGGGUGUUCAAUUACCGGAAACUAAAAGAGUAGUAAAGAAAUCACAAGUAAAACCUAUCUCUUCUGUGUACACACUUAGAAAUAACGAAAAAACGACAGUAAAAUCCAAUAAUGUAACGAGUUCAAAAUUAAAACCUGCCGGCAAAGCCACAAAAAUAACAAAAAAAGUUGAAGAAAAGAAAAACGUAUCGCAAAAAAGUUCCAGUCAAAAACCAAGUGACGUAGAUAAAUCUGAUGAAAGUUCUCUUUAUGUUAGCGCACUUGAGGACUUAUCCCACGAAAGUGGAAAAAAAAUCAGAAUAAUUAACGAAAAAAUCGAAGAAGAAGAAGCCACAGCAGCUCAAAAAGUUGUCAAGUCUAAAAAAAAUUCAAUUAAUGCUCAAACUUUACCACUUGCUGAACAUUUAGAUAAGACACCAAUUCGAAAAUUACCUGCUGGUGUUUUAUGGGAUUUUGAUGCUGAAAAUUGGCGCGAUCCUUACCAAGUAUCCCAUUAUGCAAUGGAAAUAUUUGAGUAUCUCAAAAGCCGAGAAAAUAAGUUCUCUAUUGAUGAUUACAUGGAAAAACAAGUAUGUCUUUCACGGUGGAUGAGAUCUUUAUUAGUUGAUUGGAUGGUUGAAGUUCAAGAAUCAUUUGAAUUAAAUCAUGAAACUUUGUAUUUAGCUGUUAAAUUAGUCGAUUUAUACUUAACUAAAGUCACUGUGGGAAAAGAGACUCUACAGCUCUUAGGAGCUGCUAGUUUAUUUAUAGCUAGUAAAUUUGACGAAAGAAUUCCUCCGAUGGUUGAGGAUUUUCUAUACAUAUGUGACGGUGCUUACAGCCAACGUGAGCUCAUUAGAAUGGAAAUGAAUGUCCUAAAGAUCGUUGAUUUUGACUUGGGGAUCCCCUUGUCUUACCGAUUUCUCCGACGUUAUGCAAGGUGCAUAAAGGUAUCAAUGCCAACUUUAACACUCGCUCGUUACAUUUUGGAGUAUUCAUUGAUGGAUUAUGCAACGAUAACUUUUAGUGAUAGUAAAAUAGCCGCUGCUGCUCUUUUCCUUGCUCUUCAAAUGAAAGAUCUUGGUGGAUGGACUCCAACUUUAGAAUAUUAUACUGGGUAUAAAGUUGAUGAUAUUAAAAAUAUAGUCAAUGUACUAAAUCAAGGCCUUCAUCGAAAAUACAAGGAUGCUUUAGCUACUGUUCGCAAUAAAUACAGUCAUAAUCACACUUUCUUUUCGAAAACUUGCUGUUCAGUAUUUUCGGUCAGGUUAACGUCAAGUUCUGCUGUUUCAAGUUUUUACUGUAACAUGAGUACAAAAUAAAUUACAAGUUGACAUAAAUCUAUAGCUGUAAUAUGAAUGCGAGUUGAAUCAAAAAGUUGCCUUCAAGUUGAGAAAAAAAACUUGAAAAGCGAAAGUUCAUAUCAAUCUGACAAAAAGUUGUGAGAAAAAACUUUAAUGAGCAAAAUUUUACUUCCAAAUUGACUACGAGUUAUCGUCCACUGUUUGCACCAUCAAGUUUUUCCAGUCAACUUGACAUCUCAUUGCGGUG